CGCCACACCUGGACGGCUGUCUGUCCGUCAUCGCUCAGGCCUUCAUGGACUCCUUCUCCCUAGUCGAGCAACACCUGGACAAGCAUUCACCAACCAAUAAACUACUCUAUGGCAAAGACAUACCUCGGUACAAACAGGAAGUGAAGUCGUACUACAAGUUAGUGAGGGACCAGCCUUCUAUCAGCAGCCAAGAGUUGAAAAUAUUUCUUCAAGGGGAGUCAAAGAAACAUCGAAAUGAGUUCAAUGAAUCUGUGGCUCUGCGAGAACUCUGCAAAUACAUGCUCCGCUACUUUCAGCAAGUAUUUGCCUCUAAAGCAUUUAUCUGCCAGUUCAAGCGUGUCAUAUUUUCUGAAAUCCUUUGA